GACGAAGGAGCAUUUUUCUACGUGCGCAGAACGGAGAGAGAAGUUGAUCGCAGCGAUGGCAAGAACCAAGCAGACCGCUCGUAAAUCCACCGGUGGUAAAGCCCCGAGGAAGCAGCUCGCUACUAAAGCUGCCCGGAAGAGCGCCCCAGCCACCGGCGGCGUCAAGAAGCCCCACCGUUACAGGCCCGGGACCGUGGCUCUCCGAGAGAUCCGUCGCUAUCAGAAGUCCACCGAGCUGCUGAUCCGCAAACUGCCUUUCCAGCGUCUGGUGCGAGAGAUCGCUCAGGAUUUCAAGACGGACCUGCGCUUCCAGAGCUCCGCUGUCAUGGCCCUGCAGGAGUCCAGCGAGGCUUAUCUGGUCGGUCUGUUCGAGGACACCAACCUGUGCGCCAUCCACGCCAAGAGAGUCACCAUCAUGCCCAAAGACAUCCAGCUGGCCCGCCGCAUCCGCGGAGAGCGCGCUUAAACCCGCCGCUGCCAAACACCCCAAAGGCUCUUUUAAGAGCCACCGACACCGCACUGAACGAGACCGUUUCCACUGCAAUAAUGAAUAUAA